AUGCCAUUACUGCCACUCACAGGCGCGCAUGCAGGCCCCUUUCCUCGACGUGCCGCGUCCUGCUCGUGUCGUGUCGUGUCCGUGUCUGUCUCGCGGCCAGCUGGUGAUCAACAAAUUGCAGGGCUGUCCAGGCGUGCUGGGGGCUGCUGCCGCCCUGACAGGGGUGCAAGCUCAACUCCUCCCCAUCAGUGCCACCCUUCCGGCUCCGAGAGAUUGCCGCGGCAUCCACAUGCUCGCUCGCUCAUGGUCGUAGGCAGCUGCUGA